AUGUCGAGGUAUUAUGAGUACUUUGCGAGUGGCGUGGAGAUUUGCACUCCUUCCUUCACGCAUUACAAGGACUCCGUGACUGGUGCGGAGCUUUGGCCCUCCUGUUUGCCGGCCUAUGAUGCAUCAUCAGGAGUGAGAGGACUCUUGGGUGUGAGCUGCUUCGAUUUGAACGUCAUGGUGGAUCCCGAAACCCUGAAGUCAGAAUCAUAUUGGGAUGACUUUGUGUGCAAGGUCUCAGACCUCACCAAGCAGUGCCGCCAGUUGGACUUGAACGACUGCACUUUGGAGCGGCUGCGCCGGGCCGUCGGGCCGGAGUCCACAUGCAGCACUGGCAGCACAGACAGCACGUCGAAUGCCACUUGCCCAUGCGCAGAUCCUGCAUGCCAAGACAACGAGGAUUGGUUGGAUGAGAAAGGCUAUUUCUGCGAUACUUGGGUUGGGGAUGACUGUUCUGGGGCAAUGGAGUCUUGGGGCUAUACAGCUGGCGGACAGCAAGAUAUCUUGGUGCAGUGCAAACGCUCUUGUGGCGUAUGUCCUCAGAUCAGCCCUUGCCCCACUGAAGGGCCCUGUCAGAGCACUCCGACCAAGAUCUCGAGCAGCGCGUGCCGCCACACGCGGACAAACAAGGUGACAAACAAUCUCAUCAUCAGUCGCACUUCUGAGGCCAACGCUGGCGGUGCCAGGCAUGGCCAUUUAGGGCCGGAGGUGCUUUUUUCGGUUCUGUUGAUACAACAGGUGAUCUGGAGAGGGUGA